AUGGAUAUGAAUGGUAUGACAAUGCCAAUGGCCACUUCGACAAGCUCAGCAGCUAUGGCCAGCAGCACCGGAAUGAAGAUGGACGGAAUGGGCAUGGGAGGUAGCUGCAAGAUCUCGCUUACACACAGUCACGAUCAGAUGCUUUGGAACUGGUACACAGUUGACGCAUGCUUCCUCGCCAACUCAUGGCAUAUAACCUCUCGCGGCAUGUUCGCCGGCUCAUGCAUUGGAGUAAUCUGUCUCGUCUUGAGUCUCGAGCUCCUCCGCCGUCUAGGCCGAGAAUACGACUCGUUCAUUGUCCGUCGAGCGCGUCUUAGAAGACUCUAUAUGCCAGGCUCUUCCACCACGCAAUCCGUCUCAAAUGUUCCCCUGCGAAGUGAAGAAGACACCAUCAAGCCGCCCAACAACUGCUGCGGCAAUGCAGAGACCGAUGCUACGUUCUUUAAUGCAGACGAUGAUCUCAUCACUCCUGUGCCGGGUACUCCCCAGAACGGCUCGAAGAAGCAGGCUUCUGCUGCUGCGUCGGCUAAUGCCAUGCGGGAUGUUGGUGUUCAGCGCAUGGAUAGACAGGAGGUUAUGCUUGCGCCGUAUCGUCCGUCGCUUGUUGAACAUACUAUCCGCUCUUUGUUGCAUAUGGCGCAGUUUGCUGUUGCAUACAUCAUCAUGCUGCUUGCUAUGUACUUCAAUGGGUAUAUUAUCAUUUGUAUCUUCAUUGGGGCUUUUCUGGGUGCGUUUAUCUUCUCCUGGGAGCCGGUGGACUUGAAUAAAGAGUAA